AAGAUGCGAUAAGCAGAUAGUUGAUAAGCAGCGAUUAGCUUAGAUCACAACACUAAACUUAAAUUAGCAGUCACAGCAGAAAGUUCAAGUUCAGUGGAAGUGGAAAUUGUAAACUCAUUACAAUGAACGCAUCUGAAUAUGUGAUUGGCGGCCUGGCUGCUGUCGGUGCGACGAUUUUCACUAAUCCGCUUGAUGUCAUCAAAACUCGCAUCCAGCUUCAAGGAGAACUAGCAGCGCGUGGCACAUACGUAGUGCCAUAUAAAGGUAUUCUGCAUGGGCUCGUUACUGUAAUACGCAACGAUGGUUGGUCGGGUUUGCAGAAAGGACUGGUGCCGACUAUGCACUUUCAGUUUAUUGUGAAUGGCAUAAGAUUGGGCAUUUAUAGCACUGCAGCCAAUAUGCAGUGGACACGGCGCAAAAACGGCGGUGACUCUUUCGGUUUGAGCCUCUUUUGGGGUGCUGCUGGCGGCGCUGUGGGCGCAUACUGUUCGAGUCCAUUUUUCUUGGUAAAAACGCAACUGCAAUCGCAUGCACCCAAACAAGUCGCUGUCGGCUAUCAACACAACCACACCGGCAUGUUAUCGGCGUUGCGUCACAUCUAUCGCCAAGGUGGCAUUUUUGGUUUAUGGCGCGGCUCUACAGCAUCUAUUGCGCGCGCUUCUAUCGGUUCUGGCGUUCAGUUGGCAACUUUUGGGCCGGUCAAGUCUGUUCUGCGUGAUCGCAAUGUGGUAGUGCAACCGGCAUUGAAUUCGCUAUGUGGUGGUUUCAUUGCCGGCUGUGUGGUUACCUUGGCCAUGACACCGUCGGAUGUUAUAAUGACACGUCUCUAUAAUCAGGGUUUGGAUGUGAAUGGCAAGGGUCUAUUAUAUAGUGGCUGGUUGGAUUGUUUUGCCAAGACCGCGCGCACUGAGGGCUUAUAUGGGCUGUACAAAGGUUUCUGGGCAAACUAUUUGCGGCUGGUACCGCACUCAGCACUCGUACUACUAUUUUUCGAUGAACUCAUGGCGCUGAAAAAUAAAUAUGAAAUAAAAUUUUAGAAGAUUGUAUAAUAAUUGAUUAUGAAAAAAUUGAGAUACUAUAGAGAUAAAACGAAUUCAACCAGCCCGUAAUCUCUUGAAAAAAAGCGUAUCCCGCAGGAAAGUCAACUAUAAAAUGGAACGAGAGUCAAAUAAUGGGAUACUCGUAUUGCCUUCCUUACAUUAGUAUUCCCUUGUGCUGGUUAUUUGAAGAUAUUAAUAGAAGUUUCCUACUCUUACCCUACCAGAAG